UCGUUAUCCUACCUAUUGAGGUGCUGCAUUAGUACUCCCUGGAUGAAAUUGACGGAAUACAAGACACUGUACACCGACAGCAUGGUCUAUGGCCCAAUCUUGAAAUGCAAAGAGUCUACCAAUCCUGUGGAUGAGGAGCGAAAAUUGUCGGGAAUGGCUUUCUGUACGACGACGCCCACAGCUUGCCUGAGCCGCUGCAGUGCUUCAGAAGAGACUCUUCUUCCAUCACCAGCUUUCAGAGCACUAAAAAUUCCUCGCCUGAGACCUCCAUUCUGGCCAUGGGAGAAGGUAAAGAUGGGUUCACUGAUGGUUUCUCCGAUGGGAUUCGGGACGUGGGCUUGGGGGAAUCAGCUACUGUGGGGUUAUCAGAAAGAAAUGGACGACGAACUUCAAGACGUAUUCAAUUUGGCUGUCGAGAAUGGGAUCAAUCUCUUCGAUACAGCAGACUCGUAUGGGACCGGGAGACUAAAUGGACAAAGCGAAAGGCUUCUUGGGAAGUUCAUCCGUGAUUUUCCAGGAAGAGAGGGUGUACGAGAUGGCGUUGUGAUUGCUACAAAGUUUGCUGCGUAUCCUUGGCGCUUGACGCCUGGGCAGUUCGUAAAAGCUUGCCAGUCUUCUUUGGGGCGGUUACAAAUUGAGAAAAUUGGAAUAGGACAACUGCAUUGGUCGACUGCAAAUUAUGCUCCUUCGCAGGAGUUGGCUCUUUGGGAUGGUCUAGUUGCAAUGUAUGAGAAGGGCCUAGUGAGAGGAGUUGGUGUAAGCAAUUAUGGACCAAAACAGCUUGUAAAGAUCCACAAUUACCUCAAAAGCCGAGGUGUGCCCCUCUCCUCAGCUCAGGUGCAAUUCUCUUUGCUGAGUAUGGGGGAGAAGCAGAUGCAAAUCAAGGAUAUAUGUGAUUCUCUUGGUAUCCGCUUGAUUUCAUAUAGUCCUCUAGGUCUGGGAAUGCUUACUGGCAAAUACACAGCUUCCAAUCUUCCACGUGGGCCACGGGCUUUGCUAUUUGGCCAAAUUCUACCAGGUUUGGAGACUUUAGUGCGCUCACUAGGAGAAAUUGCAGAAAGGAGGGGUAAAACUAUACCACAGGUAUUUCUCUUGUUUUUGUUAGUGCUGUCCAUCAAUAAUUCAAUGUACUAUCUGUGAUAGCCUGAUUUGCAUGCCACAUGAUAUAUUAUCCUCCAUUACCACCCAGGAAACGUCUUUGAAUUCUUGAUUGGAUGAUAUUUCAGCAAUCCAGCAAAGAUUAAAAGUUCAAUUAAGUGUUUCCUUUUUUAUCCAAAUUAUUUAUCUGAAGAAGCUUAAAUGAACCUAGUCUUUCAACUAAUCACGAUGUUCACAUGUCUUCUGCCU